CCCGCCGGCGCACGGCGGGGCGCUGGGCGACGUCGCCGGCGGCGUGGCCAUCGCGCCCGGGGUGCCCCUCACGCCCGUGAGCCCGAGCGAGCCGACGCCGCCCACGCCGGCCGUGGCCAGGCUCUCCAUGCUGUACUCGAGGCUGUUCCAGGAGGAGUUCCAGAAGGAGCAGGCCGUGCUCGCGGGCGCCGAGACCCCCAGCCCGCUGCCGCCGGCGCCAGAGGGCGAGGAGGCCACCCUGGGCGUCGCGGCGCCCGCGGACGGCGGCGAGCACCCCUCGGGGCCCUCCGCCCCAGGCGUUGUGGCCCCGCCGGCAGUAACAGGGGCGCCAGGCGCCGCUCCCUCGCUGAGGACGGCGGGAUCCACUGACAGCGUGGAGGUGGUCGACCUCGGCCUCGCGUUCUCAGGCGCGGACGGCGCCGACGCCGCCGAAGUCGGCCCGCCGCGGAGCACUCGGUGGCCCGCCGCGGCCGCGGACGUGGACCUGGCCAGCGCGCGGGCGGCCCACGCCGCCACCAGGCCGGGGCUGUGGCUGGGGGUCAGCACAGGUCCCCCCGGGCGGAAACUGUUGACCUGGGUUUCAGGAUGUCCGUGGACGACAUCGGCACGGCAGAGGACUGCUGGAGGUCGUCCUCCACCUCCCCCACCCUCGGCCUCCCACUCAGAGGCGGGAAAGAACCAGGCACGGAGAGAGCAGAGAGGAAGCUA